AGCAGUUUGUUGACAGCAGCGUCGACUAUGCUGUGGCGCACACAGGAGGAUAAUAUCAUUUUUGAUGUAGGCAGUCUUUUGGAAGAUCCUCUCAGCAGAGACCAUGGACAACAAGGACUCGACACAAUCUGAAGAAGGAGCCCAGAGCUGCAGAGCUCCAUCUCCUGUGCCCAGUUGUGAGUCUCUGAAGAGCGACUGGUCAAAGAGUAUUGAUAUCAACUUCAGCAAUGAUCCAAGCCCACCGCAUCCACAAGCCCAGAGCUGCAGAUCUCCAUCUCCUGUGCCCAGUUGUGUGUCUCUGAAGAGCGACAUGUCAAAGGAUUUGUAUAUCAACUUCAGCAAUGAUCCAAGCCCACCGCAUCCACAUUUGACCGAGGACCAGUCCAGCUGUGAUCAGGCACUGAGGGACCCAGCCAUCCCCAGUAGUGGACACCAGAUCCUCAGCAAACAAGGUAAAAAGAAUAUCAAUAGAGCUACAAAGACCUUUAAAGACAGUCUGAAGAGGAGGUUUGAGAAUAUAUCAGAAUGCACCAUCAAACCUGGAGAUGAGACACUCCUCAAUGACGUCUACACAGACCUCUACAUCACACAAGGAGACAGUGAAGGGGUAGAUACGGAGCAUGAAGUUUUGCAGGUAGAGUCAGCAUCCAGAGCACAACCCACAGAAGACAGACAAAUCAAUUGCAAUGACAUCUUCAAGCCUGUACCUGGACAGGAGAGACACAUCAGGACUGUGAUGACCAAAGGCAUUGCUGGCAUUGGAAAAACGGUAGCCGUACAGAAGUUCAUUCUUGACUGGGCAGAUGGAAAAGCCAAUCAAAAUGUGGACUUAAUAUUUCCACUUCCGUUCCGUGCACUGAAUUUGAUCAGGACUGUCCAGUAUAGUCUUCACCAGCUCCUGCUGGAUUUUUACCCAGAACUGCAACAACUGAACAUUGGCGAAGAAUACAAAGACUGUAAAAUUGUGUUCAUAUUUGAUGGUCUGGAUGAAAGCAGGUUGAGUCUGGAUUUUGAACAAACCACAACAUGCUGCGAUGUACAUCAAACAUCAUCAGUCAAUGUUCUGAUAUCAAGCCUCAUUCAGGGAACUCUGCUUCCCUCUGCACUCGUCUGGAUAACCUCACGUCCAGCAGCAGCCAGUCAAAUUCCUCAUCAGCACAUCAACCAGGUGACAGAAGUGAGAGGGUUCAAUGACCCACAGAAGGACGAGUACUUCAGGAAGAGGAUCAGAGAUGAAAGUUUGUCCAGCAGGAUCAUGUCUCACAUUAAGGCAUCAAAGACUCUCCACAUCAUGUGCUACAUACCUGUAUUCUGUUGGAUUGCAGCCACGGUGCUACGACAGAUGCUGAAAACAAAAAACAUCAAAGACAUCCCUAAAACAUUGACUGAGAUGUUCAUACACUUCCUGCUCAUCCAGACAGCGAGGCGAGGUGAGAAAUAUCACAGUGACAAGAAUGCAUGUCCAGAGGAACUUCUAAAAUCUGAAUUCACAUUGAAGCUGGCAAAACUGGCCUUCAAAAAUGUAGAGAGUGGCAACCUGAUGUUUUAUGAGGAGGACCUGCGAGAAUGCGAUAUCCUUGUUGACGAAGUCUCUGUGUCAUCUGGCUUGUGCACUGAGAUUUUCAAAGAAGAGCCCGUGUUUCAGCAGAGAAAGGUCUAUUGCUUUGUGCACCUGACCAUCCAGGAGUUUUUGGCAGCGCUCUAUGCCUUUCACUCAUUUAUCACAGGGAACCUUGCAGAACUUGCCUCUCUUGUCAGUGUAGAACAUAGAGAUUCACAGCCAGAAUCAUUCCUGUCAUCUCUUCUAUCAGCAAUGAGAGAUAAGAAUGAGUGCAAUCUCCAUGUGUUGCUGAAGAGAACAGUAGAUGCAUCUUUGAAGAGCCACCAUGGAUACCUGGAUCUAUUCCUCCGCUUCCUCUGUGGUAUCUCUCUGGAGAGAAAUCAGGCAUUUUUAAAAGGGUUGCUGACCCAGACACGCAGCAGUUCAAGAAGCAUUACAAAGACAUGUCAGUACAUCAAGACAUUGAACACAGAAGGUCUUUCUCCUGAUAGAUGUAUCAAUCUUGUCCACUGCAUGUUUGAAAUGAAUGAUCAAUCAAUGCAAGAAGAGAUCCAGAAAUUCAUGUUGUCAUCAAAGAAGUCCAAACAACAGUUGUCUCCUGUGCAUUGUUCGGGAUUGGCCUACAUGCUUCUGAUGUCUGAGGAGGUGCUUAAAGACUUUGACAUGAAGCAGUACAACAUAUCGGCUGAAGGACGUAGGAGACUGCUACCUGCUUUUCGGUGCUUCAGGGAGGCAAGACUUGGAAACUAUGAAUUUGCAGCUACACUUCUUCAGUUACCAAACUCUCUGAUAACGCUGGACAUGAGCCGCAAUGACGUGGGGGAUUCUGGACUGGAGCUUUUCUGUAAAGGAUUGUACAGUCCCCACUGCAGACUGCAGAUAUUAAGACUUGGUGGCUGUAAACUCACCGAUGCAUCCUGCGAGAUUCUGGCCUUAGUUCUACAAUCAGCGAACACCCUCAUAGAGAUGGACCUUAGUGACAAUAACCUGGGGGAUUCUGGAGCUCUGUAUCUUGCUGAAGGAUUGUCUAGUCCCCACUGCAGACUGCAGACAUUAAGGCUCUCUGGUUGUCUCAUCUUGGAGAAGGGUUUCACAUGUUUGACUGCAGCUUGGAAUUCAAACCCUUCCCUGAAAGAACUGAAACUGGAAGUUUAAUAUGCUUGGUUGGAGGAUUAGCACUGAUUCUUUAACCAGUUGAAAUGUAAAAACCCACUGGUGGCUUGAGAUUCAAUUGCAUUCCUCGCCCUCAAAAUCAAUUACUGUAUUCAUUCUACAUAAAAUCAGAUUUCAGAUGUUUACAGAUUUACAUAAGUCAUAUUUACACCUCAUUGAAAAGUUUCUUUUUUUUCAUGAAACUGCUCAAACUCAAUCAUCCAUACUAUACAUAUAUAGUUGUAUAGUUGUAUAGGGGACUGUGCUACCUUUUCUUCACUACACUUCCCAGCGAACACCACGGCGCUCCGAGUCAUGCGGGGAGUGGCCUCUUGUUAAAUAGCCCAAGUUCAAGAUCAAUGGCGGGUGAGACUGUUCUGCAAUUACAGCGCGUGCAGAGAAGCAGAGCGAGAGAGAAGAAGAGGAAAAGUGUGCGCCAUGAAGAGAAGUUUCGCACAACCGUCGCACGUUUCCAGUUCCAUUCCUUGUGCCGGAUGAACGGAGUAAAAGUCAAGUUAUGAAGAGGAUUCUCGUGUGCUGUUCGGCAAGGUGAAACCCACGCGGACCUGGGCGACUCCGACAACGCUGGAGUCGUUGUUCUCGUGCACCUGUGUCGGCGUGCAGACCUGGAGGCAUCCUCAGAUCAUAUUCGCUGUCUGGACAAAUCCUGGAUCAGGGCGAACAGAACACUUGAACACAACGGACGGUAAACUUCAUCUUCGUGCACCUGGCUCUUCCUCCACUCUCAAACUCGUUGCUGCUCUUACAGCUCUCAUCCCAGCCAUCU